UUUGGAAACCUUGGCUAUAGCUACCUCCUAAGGUAGAGCCAAGGGAGGGUUGAAUUAGAGAUCCGUUCGACAAUAGCUGGAAUCCAUAAGCACACCCACAAUGGAUCAUCCGCAGGGUUCCUUUAGCCAUGAAUAUCUUAGUGAAGCUAAGCACGCUUCGAAAUACUUCCACUUCGACACUAAAUCUAUUCCUCGGAACAGCAAUGUGCCGUUUCGACAGUACCUCGUGGCCUACGCCAAAAGGGAGAUCAACAGUCAACUUCGAAACGGCGUCAUGCUCACUGAUCUUUGGAGAGAUGCUCAUGACUCAGUGGCCGGAGAAGACUCAGCAGACCCACAAGAGCAAUACAAGAUAAUAGCAAGGAAACUUACAGCUCGUAUGAUUGCUAGCAAUCUCUUCGAAACGCAAAAUAAGAUGCCGUCUAUCCCAUUUAAGAUCCCCGAUACCGACCCGGGAGUAACGAACCUCGGCAGCGGUCCGGCCUCGACGACUAGCACAUCGCCUUUAUCUAAGCUCAACCCGGAGGCAAAAACGUUUGCUCCAACGACGCACACUGGAAAGACUGGUGAUGGCUCCGGCGCUACCAAGGCCACUUCACCGUACAUGAAAAGCUUCCAAGAGCGUUGUAAGAGGCGGGGACUUCGCAUCUCAUCGACAGAUAAUUAGGAGACAGACGUAUUGGAACCGUCUUGAAGAUGGAUAUCUGGCCUAAGGGAUGGAUCCCCAUAAAUAACAGCUUGUAUGUCUAAGGUAGAGAUGUGGG